AUGCCGUUGUCCGCUGAAGAUUUACAAAAAUAUGUUGGACAAAAUCUGAGUGAUGUAAAACAACAAUUAGAAGGUCGAGGCUGUGAAGUUUGCGAAGUGCGUACAGGGCACUAUGCUACUGGACGUGUGCCAAUUCGACCACUUGUUGUUGGAGAGUCUCAAACUGAACAACCGCAACCGCAACGUGUCGUUGUCGUAUUUAAUGGUGAUGAUCCAGACAAAAAAAUUACUUCCAUUCGACAAUGUUAA